AUGGAAACACAAGAUAUUGAAACACAGAUGAGCGAGAAAACAAUAUUCUGUAGGAUUUGCACUGAGCCAGAGACAUCUGAUAACAGACUGGCAAGCCCAUGUAAGUGUAUAGGAAACAUGAAGUAUGUUCAUUCAGCAUGCAUUCUUGAGUGGAUAUAUAAGACACGAACACAGAUAUGCAACUUCUGUAAUUACAAGAUGAAGCUAAAGAGAGUAUACAUAAACAAGCCUACUAAACCAAAUACAUAUCCGGUGUAUACAGUUAUAUAUAUAUACAGCAAAAUUCAGAGUAUGCUAUUAUUUGGACAAGAAGUGAAAAACAAGAUAUUUGAGAAAAUAGAGAAGGGGUUUGCCCUUUUUACAGGAGCUGUACUUGAUCCAAUUUAUAGAUUGUUUUCUUUUUCCAUGCUGCCGGCUUUUAUGUCAAUUCCCAGGCUUAUAGCGCAAAAAAACAUAAGCAACAUUCGGAAGCAGAAUACAUACACUAUUAUUGAUACUCUGACCAAGUUGAAUGUUAUAACAGAGUAUAACACGAUGUACUCAGAAAUACACUCAAAUAGCACAAGAAUACACAGAGCAGGGCUUGCUAGAGCACAUGCAGAAAAUGACAUACAGAGGAUAUUCAGUAUAAUUAUAUUUGAAGAUGAUCUAGAGGGCAGUUUAGAAAUUGUUCCUACCACAGUAGAUUAUAUAGUGCUGUUUAUAUCACUUGGUCUAGUUUCUUGGUUAUCUUAUAUUCUGAGCCCUACAACAGAGUAUCAAGGAGAUGCAUGGAUAAGCAAGGCUCUUAUACCGGCAGCCACUCUUCUUUGGUUUGUGUAUACUGUUAUUUUUUUAGCCAUAUGUCUGCAGAAUCGGCUGGGUAUAAAGAGGGGAAGUAGAUAUAUGAAUAUAUGUGGAGUGUAUUGCAAGCUACUGAUUAUUUUACUAGCAAGAUAUGGAGCAUUGCCUUAUUUUAUUUUCCAUGUAGUUGAAGUAAUGCUGCGCAUUUUAUAUACGAGUAUAAAAAUGAACGCCCUUCAAGAUUUUAUAAAACAUAGCAUAUAUGGCAUAAUCCCACAGAUAUCUGAAGUAUCCAAUAAGCAAAUGGCAGAGGCAAUAACACAGAGUGCAUCAGAGUUUACUGGGUUCUUGUUUGUUAUACUUGGGAAUAUAUGGCUCUUUGUCUUUCAGUCAGUAUAUGCCCGUUAUUUUUCUCAUAUAAUUAGACCAGGCCUGUUUGGAUGGAUUUGCCCAAUAAGUGUUUCUGUGAAUAGAGUUAUAAAGGAUCGAAUAUUUACAACCUUCCAAAGCUAUACAAUUGCCUAUAUUCUAUUUAUAUGUGCCUGCAUAGUGCUGUGUAGUCAAAUUCUCUUUUUAGAUGGUAUUCUGUUACAUAAUCAUUUCAGGAAAAUACCAUGCAGCCAAAUAUUCUGCCUAGAGAAUAUGGCAUAUCUUUAUUUUUAUCUACCAAUUAUAGAAAUAUUCUACAGCGGGCCAUUACAAAGUUACUUUUCGUAUGUUAAAAGUAUUUUAAGCAGUAUUUCGCGUAGAGUUAGCAGAUGCAUGAAAGUAGAAUCAUUGCUGUUCAAUGGAGAUCUUCCAAAUAAUUCGGUAAAUCUUUCUAAACUAUGCUAUCUGCCUGCCCGAAAUGACGUAUCGUAUACGAAUGAAGAAAUAGUUAAAAGAAGAAUGCUUAAAAUAACCAAAGAAGAAAAAGAGUUAUAUUUUGAUGAAAAUGGAAAGAAAAAGAGAAUUACUAUGGAAAGGUUUACUGGACUAGAAGCAGACGAGCAUAAAUGGACUGAAAGUAUAGUCAAUGCUACCAGAGCAGAGCUUUUGUACAACCCAGCAUAUUCUAUUUUCUAUGUACCGUCUUUUGCAGUUGUUAGAGUAAUAUUAUUUUCUAUAAUAUUAUUUGGUGUAUGCUCUAUAAUAACUGGUAUCACCGCAUUUCUGUUAUACCACACUGUUUUAUACAUAGAAUGCAUGCGAGCAAAAAUAAUGCACGUAGAUAUUUUGAAUCAGAUAUUCUAUACUACAAAAUUGGUUUUGGGUAUAUUGUGCAUAGCAGGAGGAAUGCUGUGUUUGACAUAUAGAGAAAGAAAGUUUCUUAUUAUUAGAAAGAUAUACCAAUCAGUAAAAAAAGGCUGUGUAAUAGGAGUUAUUCCAUUUAUAGUGGUGGUAUUUGGUAUAUCUCUAAAAGAGUCUAUAAUUUCUCUUUUAGGCUAUAAAUAUGCCAAGCUUGCGGAUUGGGUAAAUGCGCCCUUCCAGAUUUGGUUUAUAUCAUAUACACUUAGCUUGGAUUUGAUAUUUAGAAAUGAUUACUCUUUAGUAUUUAUGUUAGUAGAAGGCGCGUGCAUGUUUAUUCUUUAUACACUGAUAGACAUCUUUUUAUUUGAAGGAACAAUGAGCAAAAUAUCAAUAUGGAGCCGGCUCUGUAUUGUUUUACUUCCGUAUGCUUUUCCAUGGAUAGUGAAUAUUCUAGAGAGGAUUGGCAAUUUUCUUUGCAGGGCGUCUGAAAGAGUUAAAUCUAGCAUACUAUCGAAGGGUACAGAAAUUGUACUGGUAGAUGCAUGA